AUGACAUCGAAACAACGAAGAAAUGAACGACAACAAAAACUCAAUAUGAUGUUCAGUGUCUUACCACCUUUUCAUCCAGUGAACGAUUAUGAUGUCUAUCUAAUCAAUCAUUCAACACCGACCAUCCUCAUGCAAAGUCUAAUUGAAUUAGCUCGACAAACGACGACAUUUACAAUUGAUACUGAGCAGGACUAUUAUUCUCAUCAGCCUGCUCUUAUUCAAAUUGAAAUGAUACGAGAGCAGUCCGUGGUGAUUCUGGUCGAAGCAUGUCAUCUGCCUCAUCCAGCUUUAGUCUCGUCCUGGCUCAUUCGAGCAUUAUUGAAGGUCAUCUUUCAACAGGACAAGUUGAUUCUUGGUUGGGGUGAUAUUGUCGAUGAACUGACAGCAUUCAUCGACUAUGGUCUCUUCUCAUCGGAUCUGAUCAAACAGAUCAACACGAUCGAUGUACAACAUCGCUUCAAAUCGUGGUACAAUCGACAAUAUCCUCAUGGAUGUGGUCUAUCGCCUCAUGCAGACGAUCAGACCAAUUGUACAUGUCCCUAUCGACCGGUGAAACACGAGAAUCAUCGAUGGUCAUUGCAGAAAGCAAUUGGCUAUCUAUUCGAUGAAUUUCUCGACAAAAGUCGAACGAAGAGUAAUUGGAGUCGAUGUCUCGAUUCCAAAGAUACUCGUCGAUUUACCAUCACCAACAGAAAAGUAGACGAAAGUCGUGAAUUGAUUGCAUACGCUGUCAAUGAUUGUUUGGCAGUGACGAAAUUGUUCACUACAAUGCAAGAUGGAGUUGAUCCUUUUUGUUGA